CCCGUCAGUUUGCUCCCAAUCGAUGACUUCUCCCUCAGAUAGGGCCUGUCCAUGCUAGAUCUCGCACGAUCAUACGCGCGCAAGCAGCGCUGCCGAUUCUCGACGUGCAAAACAUAAAAGGUGUCCGCGCCUGGCACCGUCUUCGAGCAUCUCUUCGACCUUCGCCGUCCACGCUCUAUCGAAGUAGCUAUCAUGUCUGAAACCCCUGCUCAACCUGCUCUCGAUCCCGAGAUGCACGAGCGAGUCUGCUCGUGGUUCAUCGGUCCUCACGCCGAGAACUUCGACGCGCUUCAGACCAUCUUCGCCGGCGUGCUCAAGGACCACAGGCAGGCGCGUCUGACACAUUUUCCCGACGAUGGACCAUUUUACACGAAGAGGAUCAUGGAAUCUACGAACUUCAAGAAUAGCGUCGAUGAACUGCAGGGCUACGUGCAGGAGAUCAGCAAUGACCUGAACCUGCGGUCCGUUCCUUUUUACACCCCACGUUAUGCUGGGCAUAUGUCCUGGGAGACGUCCUUGCCAGCUAUCGCCGGAUGGAUCGCUGGUAUUUUGCAUAACCAAAACAACGUCGCCUUCGAAGCGAGUCCUCUCACGACUACCCUCGAGCUCAAGGUCGGAGAAGAUUUGUGUCAUAUGUUUGGCUACGACAAGAAUUCGUGGGGUCACAUCGCGAGUGACGGCACUCUGGCGAAUAUGGAGUCGAUGUGGGCAGCGCGCAACCUGAAGUUCUACCCUCUCAGCGUGCAUACCGCUCUACUGCGUGGUCCUCUCAAGUUCAUAUCGAGCGACUACUCCGUUGUACCAGCUGGGUCCAGCGAGCCGAAGCUAUUCGUGGACCUCGACCCUUGGCAGCUUCUGAACCUUCCUACGAGGACGAUUCUCGGGAUCGGCGACGACCUGCGCCGGCGGUACGGGAUCACCUCCGAAUUCCUUGCGUCGGCGCUCUCCCCGUAUCUGAUCCAGUCCCGAGGGAAGGAGGGUUUUCUUGACGCGUACAAGAUCAAAAACGCGCCGCAGUACUUGAUCACCAGCACCAAGCAUUAUUCGUGGCCGAAGUCCGCGGCGCUGGUGGGCAUCGGGUCGGAGAACUGCGUCCGCAUUCCCGUGGACUUCGACGCUCGCGUCAAGAUAGACGCCCUCCGGGCCUUGUUGCAAGCACGUCUCGACGAGAAGCAGGCGGUCUAUGGCGUUGUCGCCGUCAUCGGCUCCACCGAAGAAGGUGCCGUCGACCCUCUCGACGACAUCAUCAAGCUGCGCGACGAAUUCUCUGCAAAGGGCCUCACUUUCAUCGUUCACGCCGACGCCGCUUGGGGCGGGUACUUCGCCAGCAUGAUACGUGACCCGCCUCCGAUCCUUAGGGGGCCGAUCGGUGACGAGUAUGUUCCGUCCAUCACGAUGCGGGACUACUGCGUCAAGCAGUUCGAUGCCCUCAAGAAUGCCGACUCUAUCACUGUGGACCCCCACAAGGCCGGCUACGUCCCGUAUCCUGCAGGCGGCCUGUGCUACCAGGAUGGUCGGAUGCGCUAUCUCUUGACGUGGACAGCGCCAUAUCUGCACGAUGACACUAAAGACGAGAGCGUUGGGAUCUAUGGUAUUGAGGGAAGUAAGCCUGGGGCGCCAGCCAUCGCAACUCACCUCCAUCAUAAGGUCGUCGGCUUGCACAAGAAGGGUCAUGGCGGGCUCUUGGGCGAGGUGGCGUUUGCAUGUCGUCGCAUUUCCGCACACUGGGCGGCGAUGUCAGACGAUACGACACCCUUCAUCGUCGUGCCGUUCAACAAGUACGUGAACGAGCAGCAAGGUCCGGACGCCAUCGCCAAGGAAAAGGAGUUUAUCCGGGCGAACAUCUUGCCCGCGACCAACGAGAAGAUACUUGCUGACCCGAAGGUUCUAGCCGAACUUUGCGCACUCGGCUCUGACCUGAACAUCAACGUGUUCGCCUGCAACUUCCGCAUCAACGGUGUCACCAACACCGACGUCGAGGAAGCCAACUACCUCAACCAGUGCAUCUUUGCCGAGUUCUCCGUGACGGACAACGACACGGCUCCGUCGACCAUGAAGCUGUUCUUGAGCGCUACUGUGUUCGAUCACGAGGAUUACGGCGACUGCGCAGAUGAGUUCAAGCGGCGCCUUGGACUCGAGACAGCUUCUAAACAACCCCUCUUCGUUCUGCGCAACGUUGUCAUGUCACCGUUCCAGGCUGCGAACGGUUUCGUCCGCACCCUCGCCGAGGUUUUCCAGACUAGGCUCGAGGAAAAGGUCCAGAACGCCAUAUCGCGGAACACGGUAUCGCCCCAGACGCACGAAUUCACGAUGCAAGGCACAGACAAACUAUUCCUCGCCUAUCGUCCUGUGUUCAAUCAUGUCAAUGGUCGACAACAGCUUAUCCUCAGUGUCGGUGCUGUUGACCUCGCCGCUUGGGAGAGAUACGUCGAAGCAGUAUCACGGCACCCCGGCGAGAUAUAUACGCUGCGCACGUCCACUCAGACGACCCUCGAUGACAUCGUCAAGAACGCCGACAGAGGCUUUACCGGUGACAUUUUGGGACCUCAAGAUAUUGAAGCAGCGCACUCUUCAGUCCGGGACGCGGACUACCCGGACGCGUGGACCCCCUUCUACCUCUAUGGCACGGAGGGGCAACACCACGUCGAUCAUAUGCUCCUGCGCGCACCCAACACCCAGAUAUCUUCUGCGCGAGUGUUGCUCGACGUCGGUUCCAACGUGGACCCUGACCAGCUCGCCCGUGGAGUCAUUGCCCGAAUCGGGAUACCAGAGCGCGCUCUGCAGCCGAUUGGUACCGACCACCCAUUUACUCCUCGCCGUCGCUUCCAUGUCGCGAUAUACGCGGAUGACCACGAUGCUGAAGCGCAGGGACCUGGUCUCUCCAGUGGUUCAAGGCUGCUCGUCGAGGGCUCGCUCGAAAUCGGAGACGGAGUCUAUACGAGGGCGAUGAAGGUGAACGACGAGCAGUCUCAGCUGGCCUACUUGGCUACCGGGCCGAGCAGAAAGAUCAAGUCGGAAUGGGCGCAGGACAUCUUGACCAGGCUCAGGGCGUAG